AUGGAAUUAUUUGAGAAACCCAUUAGUGUUCAAAAACCGUUAGAAAAUCUAUCAAUUGUUAGUAAAUUUUAUCUAAAAAAUGAUUCAAUAUUUUGGAUUGUCUUUAGUCAAAAAGAAACAUUGAAGAGUCUUCGUUUACUAUCAGUAAAUUUUAAUAGUUUCACGGAGAAAUCAUCACCAAUUGAACAAUUUAUUUCACUUCAAGAACUUUAUAUUGAAGAUCAUAAAUCGGAAUGUUUAAUACUGGCUUCGUCGUUUACUCAAUUGA